CUUUCUGGCCCGGCUGCGUGUCGUAAGAGUUUGGAGAGCCCCCCCUCCUGUUAAGUAGCAGACCGUCUGGGAACUCUCCCCACUUGGAAGGAGACUCUCCGACGCGUCGGGAACCCACGCAGAUCGUGGACUCGGCAGCGGACCACACCAGGACUCGGUUUUUCUCAGGCUGGGAUCCGCAGAGGCUUUAACUCAUUUAUUCACUCAGAUUUUCAGCGGUUCCAUCCGCAGCUUUUCCUUUGUACAGCUGAGGCAGAGGAGCUGAAGAUGAAGAGCAGGUUGUCUCUGGCUGCCUUGGCCCUCCUGGCCCUCCUGCUGCAGCUGUCCUCCUCCCAGGCCCAGGACUCAGUGGACGCUCCGUCUGAUUUAAGGUUUAAGAUUUUAAGUGAAAGUACGGUUCAAAUGAUGUGGAGGCGGCCGCAGAGCAGGAUACAGGGCUACAGGAUAGAAGUGACCUCAGAUACAGAAGAACCGACGAGACAAGUUUCUCUGCCUGCAUCUGCGACUAAGACCUCCAUCUCUGACCUGACUCCAGAUGUGAAUUAUGUGGUUACCAUAGUAGCGUACGCCGGAUCCGAGGAGAGUCUGCCCAUCUCUGGCCAGAUCACAUUGGAAUCGAGCGGUAGCUCCAGAGGAGGACCGAGGAAACCCAGCACUUCAGAUCUAGUCAGGUGCCCCGCCACGGCGGUGGCUGAUCUGAUCUUCCUGGUUGACGGUUCCUGGAGCGUCGGCAGGCCCAACUUCAAAUACAUCCGCAGCUUCAUUUCGGCCACCGCCGGAGCCUUUCAGAUCGGCAAGGACAGAACCCGGGUGGGCGUGGUCCAGUACGGGGACGCUCCUCGAACCGAGUUCAGCCUGAACCAACACCUGACCCGACCCGCUCUGCUCAAGGCUGUCAGUUCGCUGCUUUACAAGGGAGGCAACACCAGGACAGGCGAUGCUCUGAGCUACGUCCUGACGAACGGGUUCACUGAAGCGGCCGGGUCCAGGAGAGAUGUCCCCAAGGUGCUGGUGAUCAUCACGGACGGGCGGUCCGAUGAUCCGGUGGAGAGCUACGCCAAGCAGCUCAGGAGCCGCGGCGUGGAGAUCUUCGUCCUUGGCGUCCAUCAGGCUGAUGAAGCAGAGAUGAAGGCUCUGGCCUCCACGCCGUUCCAACAUCACAUCUACAGGGCGGCCAACUUUGACACGAUCCAGGUCGUCCAGAACGACUUCAUCACUCAGAUCUGCUCCAGCGUAGAGGAUCAGCUCAGCUUACUGACCAGCGGGGAAGAAGUUGUGGAUCCAGCCUCUAACCUCCGAGUCCUCGAGGUGGCUUCCAAGUCCAUGAGGGUGACCUGGGAUGCCUCAGUUGGUGACAUUUCAGGCUACAGGGUUCAGAUGAUCCCAAUGAUGGCCGGCAGUAAGCAGCAGGACCUGUAUGUUGAUUCCUCCCAGACCUCGGUUGUGGUCAAAGACCUUUCUCCAGACACAGAGUACCAGGUCAAUGUUUUCAGCUUGAAGGACCUGUUGUCCAGCGAGGCUGUGGUGGUCAUGCAGAAAACAGAGCCAGUUAAAGUUUCACUGGAGUGCUCUCUGGGUGUGGAUGUGCAGGCCGAUGUGGUGCUUCUGGUGGAUGGAUCCUACAGCAUUGGAAAGAAAAACUUUGCCAAAGUUCGAGCUUUCCUUGAAGUCCUGGUGAACACCUUUGACAUCGGACCAAACAAGGUUCAGAUUGCCUUGGUGCAGUACAGCAAGGACUCCUUUACAGAGUUCUACCUAAACACUCAUCAAAACGUCAACGGCGUGGUCAAGGCUGUUAGAUCUUUCCCAUAUCGAGGCGGCUCUACCAACACCGGCAGAGCCAUGACCUACGUAAGGGAAGAGAUCUUCCAGACCAACAGGGGCGCACGAGCCAACGUUCCCCGAGUCACCAUCCUCAUCACCGACGGAAAGUCGUCCGACGCUUUCAAAGAGCCGGCCACCAAGCUGAGGAAUGCUGAUGUGGAGAUCUUUGCUGUGGGUGUUAAAGACGCCGUACGAAGUGAACUUGAAGCUAUCGCUAAUGAGCCUGCAGAGACUCAUGUGUACACGGUGGAGGACUUUGACGCUUUCCAAAGAAUUUCCAAGGAGCUGACACAGUCCAUCUGCCUGAGGAUCGAGCAGGAACUCCGCAGCAUCUACCAGAGACAACUGAUCCAACCCAGAGACCUGACCUUCUCCGAUGUGGGAUCCAGAAGCUUCCGAGCCUCCUGGGAAAUAGACGCCAACAAUGUGGAGUUCUUCACGGUUCAGUUUAAGCCGGAAGACGAUGUGGACGGACACUACGUGUCCAUGACCGUUCCCGGGAACACCCUCACCACAAUCCUCCCCCGCCUCACCCCUGUGACCCGAUACGAAGUCAGGGUGUCUGCUCAGUAUGCCAAGGGGGAGAGUUUACCUCUGAUCGGCUACGAGACAACGCUAGAAGAGGCUGGCCCCCCGAAGAACCUGGUCACCAGCCUGGUAACGGACACCAGCUUCAGGGCCUCCUGGACGGCGGCGCCCGGGAUCGUACAGGCCUACAAAGUUCACUGGAAAUCUUUGUUUUCUGAGGAACACGGAGAGAAAACGGUGCCAGGUGAUGAAACAACCACCGUCCUGGACGGUCUGACUCCAGAGACGCCUUACCAGGUGUCUGUGAUCGCCGCCUAUCCUCACAAAGACAGUGACCCGCUCACCGGACGGGAAACCACCGAUGCUUCUUCAGCUGCUUCCGUGACAGUGUCCGAUGAGACGGAGCGAACCAUGAGAGCUUCAUGGACUCCAGCUCCAGGAGAUGUGGUCAACUACCGUCUAAAGUACGUUCCUACUGAUGGAGGCAAGGAGGUGGUCCUGAAGAUCCCAGGAAGGACCACCUCUACCAUCCUGAAGCGCCUGCAGCCUUUAACCUCCUACAGCAUCACUGUUCUGCCCAUCUACAAGCGCGGGGAAGGAAAACCAAGGCAAGGAGUAGGAACGACACUGUCUAUUUACAAGGCUCCAAGAAACCUGAAGACCUCAGAUCCAACCAAGACCAGUUUUAGAGUCUCCUGGGAUCAUGCUCCUGGGAAUGUUAGGGGCUAUAAAGUGACCUUUCACCCUACAGAGAAUGAUGUGGACCUGGAGGAGCUCCUAGUCGGUCCAUAUGAUAACACAGUGGUUCUGGAGGAGCUCAGGGCAGGAACAAAGUACUCUGUUGCUGUUUUUGGGAUGUUUGACGGAGGCAUCAGCUCUCCUCUUGCCGGGGAGGAGAAGACGACACUAACGGACGAACUUCCCGAACCUCCGCCUCCGGAUCUCUCUGACAUUCAGUGCAAGACGUCAGCCAAGGCCGACAUGGUGCUGCUGGUGGACGGCUCCUGGAGCAUCGGACGCAUCAACUUCAAAACCAUCCGUAACUUCAUCGCCCGCAUGGUUGGCGUGUUUGACAUCGGCCCCGACAAGGUGCAGAUCGCUUUGGCUCAGUACAGCGGAGACCCGAGGACCGAGUGGCACCUGAACACCCACUCCACCAGAGACGCGCUGCUGAAUGCCGUCAACAACCUUCCAUAUAAGGGAGGAAACACCAUGACAGGUGAGUCAUCAGAGGCUGAGAUAGGCCCGCCCACCAACCUGGUGACAUCAGAAGUGACCCACUACUCCUUCAGAGCCACCUGGACCCCUCCGGGAAUUCCUGUGGACCUGUACCGGGUCACGUACAUGAUGGCGGCUGGAGGACCCACCCUAGAGGUACUGGUCGACGGGGAGGUCAACACCGUCGUACUGGAAAACCUGAACCCGCUGACGGAGUACGUGGUCAAUGUUUUUGCCGUGGUGGAUGAGGUCAGCACCGAGCCUCUGAGGGGAACCGAGACCACCUGUUCUGCAGAAGGAUCAUUUUCCCAUCACAUCAGAGCACGCUCCUUAUCUACAGAUUGUUGUCUCUGCUCUCUGCAGGAACGGGUUGCAGGAGACGUGACGAACAUCCAGCUGGUGCAGCUCAUCCCCAACACCGAGUACAACAUCAGACUCUUCGCUUUACACGGAGAAUCAACCAGCGACGCCCUGGAGGGUCAGGGGGUCACCUUGCCGCUGCCCCCUGCUGGAGUGCUGAGGAUCAGAGAUGUGACCCACAGCACCAUGAUGCUCAACUGGGACGCUGCUCCUGGAGCGGUCCGCAAAUACAUCAUCACCUACAAGCCUGAGGAAGGAGAACUGAAGGAGAUUCUAGAAUACGUCGUUCCUGCUCCCAAGAACCUCCGCUUCUCCGAGACGACCCAGACCUCGUUCAGAGCCACCUGGGAACACGGCGCUCCAGAUGUGGCCCUCUACCGGAUCUCAUGGACCAAGCAGGGAGAGGCGAACUUUCUGAAUGAAAUUCUGAACAGCGACGAGAACUCCUACGUUAUCGAGAACCUGGACCCGGACACGGAGUACUUAGUGACCAUCACGGCAAUCUAUCCAGACGAGUCUGAGAGCGAGGACCUGAUGGGAACCGAGCGGACGUUGCUGAAGGACUCAGAGGUAAAACCGGCGCCGCCUCGGAACCUCCGAGUGUUUAACGCCACCACCUCCACCCUAUCCGUCAAGUGGGACGCCGCUCCCGGCCCGGUGCAGAACUACAAGAUCACGUACAAGCCCAUCGCUGGAGGAGAGCCGCUCUCACUGCAGGUCGGAGGGAAGAAGACCAACAUCCUCCUGCAGCAGCUGCAGCCGGACACGCCGUACUCCGUCACCGUGGCCGCCGUCUAUCCCUCAGGCGUCAGCAGGGAUAUCUCUGGAGAGGGAAAAACCAAACCUCUGGGUGGUGUGAGGAACCUCCAGGUGCUGAACCCGACCAUGACUACCCUGAACGUGCGCUGGGAGCCGGCUGAGGGCAGAGUCACGGAGUACAAAGUGAUUUAUUCUCCGGCAGCUGGAGGAGCAGAGAUGAUGGAGACGGUGUCGGCAGGGACGACCACGACCAUCCUGCGAGGCCUGCAGCCCGACACUCUCUACACUGUGUCGCUGGUUCCAGUUUAUGCUGAUGGCGACGGAAGGAAGAUGUCUGAAAACGGAAAAACAAGGCCUUUAGGGGGAGUGAAGAACCUGAGGGUGACCGACCCAACAAUGACGUCCCUGAGUGUUAACUGGGACCCGGCUGAUGGCGCCGUUCGUCUCUACAAGGUCUUCUACGUACCUUCAGCCGGUGGACAAGAGGAGAUGGAGCAAGUUCCCGUUGGAACCACCUCCUUGGUUCUGAGGAACCUGCAGUCCGACACGCAGUACACCGUGUCCGUGGUGCCGGUGUACCCCGCCCGGGAGGGCAGACGGCAGUCAGAGAACGGGAAGACGCUGCCUCUGAGCGGAGUCAGCGGCAUGAGGGUGUCCAACCCCACCAUCACCACUCUGACCGUCAACUGGGACACUGCCGAAGGCAACGUGCAGGGCUACAAAGUCAUCUAUAAGCCUGUAAACGGCGGCCUGGAGAUAGUGGAACAAGUUUCUGAGAGCACCACCUCCACCGUCCUGCAGAAACUGCUGCCAGACACCGAUUACACCGUCACCGUGGUUCCCGUGUACGCUGAGGGGGACGGGCCCAGCCUGACCGACACCGGCAAGACCAAUAUUGAACAGGAAGAGGUUUCAGGUGGAACCACGACCACCAUCCUGAGAAAUCUGGAAGCUGACACACUCUACAAAGUGGCUGUGGUUCCAGUCUACCCUGACGUAGAGGGAAUACGGCAGGAAGACAGCGGAAAGACAAAGGAUCUGGGUGGAGUGAGGAAUCUCCAGGUGACGGACCCCACCGUCAGCUCCCUCAGGGUCCGCUGGGAGCCGGCUGAGGGAGACGUCCGAAUCUACAAAAUCCUCUACGCCCCGGCGGCUGGAGGAGCCGAGAGCAUGAGGUUCUUCACAUCUGGAUCCACUUUUAGAGGCUUUUAGAGGAAUGCUGCUCCACCGUUUCUCACAGACGGUGAAUCCUGGUGAAACUGCGGCUCACCUGCUCCUGUCGGCCUAACUCUGUCUCCUCCUCUCUGGACAGUUCCACGGACGCCGCCCAGGAACAUCCAGGUGUACAACCCCAGCCCCAACAGCCUGAACGUGCGCUGGGAGGCAGCCACGGGUCUGGUGCAGCAGUACCGCGUGGCGUACGCCCCCCUGAGUGGAGUCAGACCCUCAGAGUCGGUCCUGGUUCCAGGAACCAUCACCAAUGCCUACCUGGACAACCUCAUCCCAGACACUCCCUACUCCGUCACCGUCACGGCCAUCUACGCCGACGGCGAGGGAUCGGAGAUGAAGAGCGACGGCAAAACGCUACCCAGAGCGGGCCCCAGGAACCUGCGCGUGUACGACGCCACCACCAGCACCCUGACCAUCGGCUGGGACCACGCAGAAGGGCCCGUCAGGCAGUACCGCAUCGCCUACGCCCCCAUGACCGGAGACCCCAUCACAGAGUUUACGAUGGUUCCAGGGAACAGGAACAACGCCAUGCUGCAGAACCUGUUCCCAGACACGCCGUACAACAUCAGCGUGGAGGCCAUCUACGGCGAGGGGCCCGGAGGGUCCCUGAGCGGGAACGGGCGGACAAUCGGCCUGUUGAGUCCCAGAAACCUGCGGGUGUCAGACGAGUGGUACACCAGGUUCCGGGUGUCCUGGGAGCCGGUCUCUGCUCCGGUGGAAGGAUACAGACUCAUCUACUCCCCCCAAGGUAAAGACCAGCCUGUGGACUUCUUCGUGGGUGAUGUCACCUCCUUCACUCCAACCAACCUGCAGCCCGGAACCACCUAUGAUGUGAAGGUCGUGGCUCAGUACGCCAGCGGCGCCAGCGCUCCCCUGGUGGGAGAGGGAACGACACUUUACCUGAAUGUGACCAACAUCGAGACCUACGACGUCAGCCAUGACAGCUUCUGCAUCAAGUGGAGUCCUCACAGAGUGGCCACAUCAUACCGCAUCAAACUGAAGCCUGUGGACCCCUCCAGCAGAGGACAGCAGGAGAUGACCAUCCCCGCCGGCCUGCCUCAGUACUGCUUCGACGGGCUCUCCCCCGACGCCCUGUACACCGCCACGGUCUUCGUUCAGACUCCCAACCUGGAGGGUCCGGGAGUCAGCGCCAACGAGCGGACGUUGGUGAAGCCGACGCCAGUCCCUACUUGUUGUUUGUCUCCAGUCUGUAAAGGAGCCAAAGCAGACCUGGUGUUCGUCAUCGACGGCUCGUGGAGCAUCGGCGAGGAGAGCUUCACUAAAGUUGUUCAGUUUGUUUCCAGCAUCAUCGCCGCCUUCGACGUCGUCGGACCAUCAGGGAUGCAGGUGUCAUUCGUGCAGUACAGCGACGGCUCAAAGACGGAGUUCAAGCUCAACUCGUACGACGACAAAGGCAUCGCCAUGGCAGCCGUGCACCUCAUCCGCUACAGAGGAGGAAACACUAAGACAGGGGAGGCUCUGAAACACACGUACGAGAAGGCCUUCUCCGUGGAGAACGGGAUGAGAAGGAACGUCCCCAAGGUGGUGGUGGCCAUCACUGACGGACAGUCGCAGGACGAGGUGAAGAAGAGCGCCGCCAAGCUGCAUCAUGCAGGCUACAGCGUGUUUGCCAUCGGCGUGGCCGACGUGGAUUUCGUGGAGCUGCAGGUGAUCGGCAGCAAGCCCAGCGACAGACACGUCUUUGUCGUGGACGACUUUGACGCCUUCGACACCAUCAAAGAAAAUCUGAUAACCUUCAUCUGCGAAACCUCAACGUCCACCUGUCCUUUAAUCUACGUCAACGGCUUUACUUCCCCGGGAUUCAGGAUGCUGGAGGCCUUCAACCUGACAGAGAAGACCUACAGUUACAUCCCAGGAGUCUCCAUGGAGCCCGGGUCCUUCAACAGCUACACGGCAUAUAGGCUUCACAAGAACGCCUUCGUGAACCAGCCCACCACAGAGAUGCACCCAGACGGCCUUCCUCACACCUACACCAUCAUCCUGAUGUUCCGCCUGCUGCCCGACUCGCCCUCAGAAGCCUUCGACAUCUGGCAGGUGUCCACCAAAGACCACAAGCCGGAGACCGGCGUCACCGUGGACGGCUCCGCUCAGACCAUCUCCUUCUACAACAAAGAUGAAACCGGAGAGAUCCAGAGAGUCACGUUUGACGAAGGUCUGGUGAAGACCAUCUUCCACGGAAGCUUCCACAAGCUCCACAUCAUGGUUUCAUCCAACAGCGUCAAACUCAACGUGGACUGUCAGGAGGUCGCUGAGAAGAAGAUCAAGGCCGCUGGGAACACGUCCAGAGACGGAUACCAGGUCCUGGGAAAGAUGUCCAAGUCCAUCGGGUCUAAGGGCAAGUCUGCAACGUUCCAGCUCCAGAUGUUCGACCUCGUCUGCAGCCUGGCCUGGACCAGCCGGGACAGAUGCUGCGACCUGCCGUCCAAGAGAGACGAGCUGAAGUGCCCCGCCCUUCCCAAUGCCUGCACCUGCAUCUCAGAGGCCAACGGGCAGCCAGGCCCCCAGGGGCCCGUGGUGAGGAAGACCUUCUGGCUCCAAGGAGCUUUUUUUCUGCUUCCUGAUUCUCUGCUCAGAUGUUUGCAGGGUUCCCGAGGUGCUCCCGGUCCUGCUGGACCCGUGGGACCUGCUGGAGUGAGGGGACCUUCAGGAAAGGAAGGACCAGCUGGACCCCGAGGACCACCAGGACCCAUGGGACCUCCAGGAUCUCCAGGAAUGCCAGGACCUUCAGGAAAACCUGGAAACCCAGGAGACCUGGGACCUCCUGGAGCCGCCGGUCUGAAAGGAGACAAAGGAGAGAGGGGCGACUUUGCUCCUCAGAACAUGAUGCGAUCCAUCGCCAGACAAGUCUGCUCGCAGCUCGUUAGCGAUCAAAUGAGCCGGGUCAACACGAUGCUGAACCAGAUCCCCAACGGGAACCACAGAGGCAGCAACAAUCCGGGCCCCCCAGGGCCUCCCGGACCUCCCGGCAGUCAGGGACCACGUGGAGAACCGGGCCCCGGAGGAAGGAAUGGAUUCCCAGGAAAUCCAGGUUUACCUGGCCAGCAGGGAGAAAGAGGUCCUGCAGGAGAAAAAGGAGACCGAGGCGUUCCGGGAGUCGGACAGAAAGGACCCAGAGGGCCUCCAGGUCCUCCAGGAGAGAGCAGGACCGGAUCCCCAGGCUCCACAGGCUCCCCCGGACCCCGCGGCCCCCCCGGCCGUCCAGGCUACGCCGGAGUCCGCGGUCCUCCGGGACCUCCUGGAUACUGCGAUUCCUCUCAGUGUGUCGGUAUUCCUUACAACGGUCAGGGAUACGUAGGAACCCGGGUCGCCUCCGCCCCCCAGGAGAACCAGCUGCUGCAGAACCAGCGCCGGAAGAGGUCGCUGCCCAGAAAGUCGUCUGACAGGCUGUCAUCAUAAGAGCGUCUGUGUUUUGUUCCCGGAGGGGUUUGAAACCUUGAAAAUGCCUGAAAGUGUUUGUGAAUAUUAACUGUGCGUGGCGGGUGACGGGACUGGAAGAACCGGGUGUUCAGCCCAAUUUUUAAUAACAUGGAAGAAAAUGUACUGAGGACCAAUUUUAAAAAAAACAACCUGUGAGCUUCUCGUUUUCCUGCCUGUAACAUAUUUGCUUUAGGUUUGUGUUAAAGGAGCAGCAGAGAAACAAGGUUCAUUAUAACAGCUUUCCUGCGUAUCUUAGUAUUUAUCAGUUUGCCUUUUUUCUGUCACAGUUCAUGUUAGCAGCAGUGGAAUCACAUGUGCUUCCUGUUCUUCUUACAUGUCAUUGGGUUUAAUCAGAACAUCUGAGACGCAGCAUCACUUUUCAUAAAUUCCACAGCCGUAUUUCUUAUUUAUUUCUGAAAACAGAAGAGGCAUUUUUCAAUAAAACUACUGAAAAUCUCA